AUGGCCAAGAUAUUCUCUUCUGACCUUGCCUUUGACCCUACGAAGGAUAUCUUAGAGACGGAAUCUGGAGAAGAGUUCACAUUUCAACCUCCAACCGGGGAGCGUCUUCCCCUCAACGGCUACGAGGAUGCGGACGAUGUUUACACGCCACCACCAUAUGAGGGCAGGUGUCUGAUUGACAUAAAGAUCGACCCUGAGUCGGAGCAAUUGCAGAAACUAGAGCCAUUUGAAGCAUGGUCCGGAAAAGACUUUGAGGGUUGUUCAAUACUCAUUAAAGUUAAGGGAAAGUGUACGACUGAUCACAUUACACCUGCCGGGCCGUGGUUUCGCUUUCCAGGACAUCUGGAGGACAUUUCCAACAAUACAAUCAUUGGGGCAACGAACGCUGAGAAUGAAAAAGUCAAUACUGUCACCAACCAUUUGACAGGCGCUCCAACCACAACUAUGGCGAAAGGGUCCUCUAGAGAGCACGGUGCUCUCCAACCACGGUACCUUCGUGGCGUCGCCAUUAUAGCGAAGAGUUUCGCGCGUAUCCACGAAGCCAAUUUGAAGAAGCAAGGCAUGUUGGCUCUCACAUUUGCCGACAAGGCAGACUACGAGCGCAUCGGGUCCUCAGAAAAGGUCAGUAUUUUGGAGUUGAAAGAACUGACUCCAGGGCAAUCACUCUUCCUUACAGUGUCCCCUUCCAGCGGAAGUGGGUCUCCUUGGGAGUGUGAGGUCAAGCACACCUUCAACAAUGAACAAAUCGAAUACUUCAAAGCAGGAAGCGCCCUAAAUUUGAUGGCAGCAAGAGCUUGCUCGAACAAGGAAAUAGCCUAG